AUGCUUGAAAACAAACCAUCAGCUUCACUUGGUGGUGAUAGUCUACUUACAGCUUUAAUAUCAGCUACUACUGCAUCUGCAUUUGCAGCAACUGUUACAUAUCCAUUUGAUUUCAUCAAGACUCAACAGCAAUUAAAUAAUGAAAAAGUUUUAAAGAAAUGGGAUAUUCCAGGGAAUUAUCCUACUUCUAUAGCACAAAUGUAUAAAGGUGCAAGUGCAUUAGUCUUAGGAUCUGUUGUUAAAAAUGCAACUAGAGUGAUUGCAUACAAUUGGCUGACACGUUUUAUGUCAAUUGAUACUAAAAAUAAUUCAAAUAAAACAACAGCUCCAAGAAUUGUAGUAGCUGGAGUUAUGAGUGGAUUUAUUGAAACUUUAUGGAUAAUUCCUUUUGAAAAUGUUAAAAUCACCAUGAUUCAAAAUCAAACAUUAGCUAAUGAAUUGAAUAGAUGUACAGCUUUAGGAUAUGAUAUAACUGGAAGAAUAACCCAUGGCUCUCAUGGUCAUCAUAAACCAACAAAACCAAUUUAUUUAAGACAAUAUGUUUCUCCUCAUGCUUAUCUUUCAGAAGAAGUGAUUAAUCAAUAUUUAACACAGAAAGUAAAAUUUGGUGGAGUGCUGGCUAGAAAUAAACCAUUUGAAGCAUUGAAAGUUCAAUAUAAUAAACAUCCGUCAUUGACAUUAUUUGGAACUGUAAAAGAAAUGUAUGAAUUAAAGGGGAUUAGAGCAUUUACUGCAGGUACUUUUAUUACAUUUGUUAGACAAAUUGGUGUUUCUUGGGUUUGGUUAGCUACUUAUAAUGCAACUCGUCAAUUAAUUAAUCCAAAUUCUGCACUGAAUGAUUGGUUUGGUGGUAAACAUACAAUGAUUCAACUGGUUGGUUUACAUUUCUUAUCUUCUAUGGCGGUUAUUAUGGUUACUCAACCUUUGGAUGUUAUAAAAACUCAUUUACAACUGAAAAAUGGUAAACAACUUUAUCAUGAUUCAUUAAAUACUGCUUAUAGAUUGUUCUUACGACAGGGACCUUGGUCUUUAUUUAAAGGUGCAUUACCUAGAUUUUUGAAAGUAUUGGUCAGUGGUAGUGUCACUGCAACUGUAUAUGAAUAUGUCGAGAGAUUGGUUACAGUAGCCGGUAGUCAACAAAUAUUCAGAGAAUCAUAG